UGAAGUUGCAUAGGCUGUGUCGUGUCAUUGCGUCCCUUCCGGUUACGCGUACGGAUAUUAUUCAGUGUCUUCCACUUGCAGUAUCGAUGUUAUUAAGUUGAAAGAUUAUUUAGAAGCAUUGAUACAACUUGCUAACCAUUAGACAUUAAUACUGUUUAUAUCUUGCACAGUAUUCUCUCUUCACAAACAGCAAAGUUUCAGCAUGCCACGAAAACAAAGUUCAAAACCAAAGGCUGAUUCUCCCAAAGCUAAACCCGGUAAGAAAACACAAAAAUUAAAUGAAAAUGGAAUUUCAAAUAAAAAGCGUGUAAAUGAUACAAAUGAUGAACCUGCUCCAAAGAGGACAAAAAUUGAUUCAAAGGCAUCAAAAAGCACUGAUGAUUCAUCUACCUCAAAGAAGGUGAAAAAUGAACCCAAGCAAAUGAAAAAUAAGACAGACACAAAUUUGGAUGAAAUAGAUUUUGGAUGUACAAAGUCAAAUCAGGAAGGAAAGAAGCAUAAUCUGAAGAUCUGUACAUGGAAUGUCUCUGGGAUCAGGGCUGUAAUUAAGAAACAUGGACUCGACUAUAUUAUCAAAGAAGAUGCAGAUAUAAUUGCUUUGCAAGAAACAAAAUGUGACAAGGGUAAAAUGCCAGACGAAGUCAAAUUGCCAGGAUAUCAUCACUAUUUUCUUGACAGUAAGAAACCAGGUUAUUGUGGAGUUGCUUUGUUCAGCAAAGAAAAACCGAUUUCUGUGAAAUAUGGUUUAAAUGAUUCUACCUUUGAUACCGAGGGUAGAAUUAUCACGGUGGAGUUCCCAGAAUUUUUCGUGAUCAACGUUUAUGUGCCAAAUGCUGGACAGAAGUUGGUGACAUUACCAAAACGAUUGGAGUGGAAUAAAUUAUUCAAAAAACAUAUUAAAGAAUUAGAUCAAAAGAAACCUGUUAUUAUAUGCGGUGACAUGAAUGUAGCUCAUCAAGAAAUUGAUUUAAAAAAUCCCAAAACAAAUACUAACAAUGCUGGAUUUACUGAAGAAGAACGAGAUGAUAUGACUGAUUUCUUAGCUGCCGGGUUUAUAGAUACAUUUAGAUCAUUGUAUCCUGAAACAGAGGGUGCAUAUACAUUUUGGUCGUAUUUUGCCAAUGCACGUAGUAAGAACAUUGGAUGGCGACUAGAUUACUUCUUGAUAUCAGAACGGAUUAAAAAUAAAGUGUGCGAUAAUAUUAUAAGGAAGGAUGUUUACGGCAGCGAUCAUUGUCCUGUAAUACUUUACAUCAAUUUGUAAUUUGUAAUAAUAAUAAACAUUUAACACGUUCCAAUGCAUGAAAUCAUCAAAACGAAAUUUUUCUCAUGUGUGAAUGCAAAUAUAUAUGAAUGAUUACAUUAUUUUAAAUAA